AUGGCUACACCUACUAGCAAGUGGCGUCUCUUGAAUAUCGAUCGGCAGCAACAGGCGGAGACCCUAAAAGGAACACUGGAAUCAUUACUCCUCCAGGGUACGAACGACGUGGAUCUGGGAGGACAUACAGCGUUGCUCAAUUACCUGCGCACGCCAUGCCUACCAAAAGAGGUCGACGAGUGGUUGACAACAGGAUCCAUAGCGAGGCAGAACUGCCCGCUCGCAUGGCUGCCCGUAGAGCUCUUGAGCAUGAUCUUCGACGACCUGCUCAUGCGGGACUCGGUCAUGUUCGCCAUCACCUGCAAGAGCCUGCUCAUCAUAGGGAAAUGCCGCCUGCUCGCCGUGCUGAAGUCCCUCCACGCCCCCUGGCAAAACAGCCGACUCAUCCUGCUCGGAAUCGACAUCAUCUCCGGACGCGCCGACCUGCCCGCCGGCCUCCUCACCGACGCGGAGUGGCGGAAAAUCGCGAAUGCGCCUCUGCAGAAGCCCCGAUCGGGAGUGGCCCUGCGCAUCACAGGGCUCAACCUCUAUGGGCCGAGGUAUCAUAAGGCGGCGCUCGGAAAGCUUGACCCACUGUACCACCUGCGCAGGCGUGUGCCUAUGGUACUGCGUUCGAGGGACAAGGGCCCUUCCUACGGGCAAUGGACCACGCCCUCCGGCGGGGUGUCUACAAAGCCCAGCGAGGGUCCUAGCGACUUCCGGUUGUUCUCCGUCCUCUGGGGGUGCGCAGGCGUGGCAUACCCCGAGGGCGCGCGGGUCCUAUGCAACACGGUGAAGGGCGAGUACAUCCGGGAGGACACCUUGACGGUUGCGCAGGACAGAGAGGACGUGACGCUGGCGCACGCGCUGCUCGCCCGUAUCGCCUGGGCGAAUGCGGAUUACAAUAUUGCGGUGAAUUGCGCGGAAUGGGCUAAGGCCGAGAUCAGGCGCGGGUCGUGGGCGGGCGACCGGUUCUGCGUUGCAACGAUGAACACGCUGCCCACGCUGGGACCGGAAGUAGGUCCUUGGAAGGACGUGACGGACGCGGUGGAUAGGUUGUUGAGGCACCUGAAAGAUCCAGACUUUUACAUGGGCCACGAGUAG